AUGAAGGGUGCCAGGCCGAUCGGGGUGCUGCUCACCCUGGCUGGUAUGCUGCACGUGGCCCUGUGCCUGAGAAUAGCAGCUUUCAACAUCCAGUCCUUUGGGGAGACUAAGAUGUCCAAUGCCACCCUCUCCAACUACAUCGUGCAGAUCCUGAGCCGCUAUGACAUCGUCCUGGUCCAGGAGGUCAGAGACAACCACCUGACAGCUGUGGGGAAACUGCUGGACAGACUUAAUCAAGAGAACCCCAACGCCUAUCACUACAUAGCCAGCGAGCCACUGGGUCGCAAUAGCUAUAAGGAGCGCUACCUCUUCUUGUUCAGACCUGACCAGGUGACGGUGCUGGACUCGUACCAGUAUGAUGAUGGCUGUGAGCCCUGUGGGAACGACACCUUCAGCCGAGAGCCAGCAGUUGUGAAGUUCUCCUCCCCAUUCACCCAGGUCAAGGAGUUUGCCAUCAUCCCCCUACAUGCGGCCCCACUGGAUGCAGUGGCUGAGAUCAACUCUCUCUACGACGUCUACCUGGAUGUCCGCCAAAAGUGGGACAUGGAGGAUGUCAUGUUGAUGGGUGAUUUCAAUGCUGGCUGCAGCUAUGUGACCCACGCACACUGGGCAUCCAUCCGCCUGCGCACAAUCCCUGCCUUCCAGUGGCUGAUUCCUGACACUGCUGACACCACGGUUACGUCCACGCACUGUGCCUACGACCGGAUUGUGGUCGCUGGAACUCUGCUCCAAAAUGCCAUUGUUCCCUACUCAGCUGCUCCUUUUGACUUCCAAGCUGCAUAUGGACUAAGCAACCAAACUGCCCAAGCCAUCAGCGACCACUACCCGGUAGAGGUGACGCUGAAGAGAGCCUGACGAAAGCAGGUCCCGGGGCCCUAGCUGGAGACCUCUAGCUCCUGUAGCUUGCCUGUGGCUGCUCCGGGGGUCCUGCACAAA